GUAUUUUGAUGUUACAUCAGUGAUUGCAAUUAAUUAGGACAUGAUUCCUGAAGCCCAUGUUAGUGAAGCAUCACAUCAAAAUAGAACUUCAUGAUGAGAGCAAACAUUCCCUUUCUGACCACGCUUAUUUAGCGAUUUAAUCAUAGUAAUGCUGUUAUAUCGCUUAAAAAAAAUUAAACUACAACAAUUAAAAUUUCAAAUUGUUUAGUAUUUUGAUAAAGAAGAUUGCAGAAACAUUAUCAGUUUAUUUAUUUAUUUAAUGUUUGAAACACCGAAUAAAAAGGUUAGGAUGAGUUGUCGUGACUCACCAUAAGCCGGCCCUCAACUAACAACUACAAAAUCCAAAAGAACAUUUUGUCAACAUGUAAAAUAUAAACAAAGUAAAAUACAUUUUCAAAAUAUUCGAGAAAACCUAUACAACAACAUUCAAAAUUUAAAUUCUUCUUUCGGUAAAGUUUUCCUUAAUUCAUUUGUUAUCAGCUUUAUUUUGUUUGUUUUCUAUUAUUUUAUAAAGUUUACUACUUUUUCUAAAAAGUAAUUGUGCAAAAAUAAAUAAAUAAAAGAAUAAACAAAAUAAAUAGUCUUGUUCUCUCUCUCUCUCUCUCACGUUAAGACGAGAUUAGAUUAGAGAGUUACUCUAAAGACUUGUUCUCUAUUUUGCUGUCACCUUCUCCACAGAAAGCGUCACCUUUUUUGUUUUUACCCUUUUCCUCUGUUUCUAGAGACAAGAGUAACUCAUUUGUUGGGGGGUUUGUUCUGAAGAUGCAACUUUUUACUAGCUGUUGCGGAAAAGGAUUUGAAGGGAAAAAGAAAGUGGAGACAGAGCCAGCUCGGAAGAUAUUCUCAUUGAAGGAGCUUCACUCAGCCACAAACAGUUUCAACUACGACAACAAACUCGGCGAAGGUCGCUUCGGCAGUGUGUAUUGGGGUCAGCUCUCUGAUGGCUCACAAGUUGCAGUCAAGAGACUCAAGGCAUGGAGCAACAGAGAAGAGAUUGACUUCGCUGUAGAAGUCGAGAUUCUCUCCCGUAUCCGUCACAAGAACUUGUUAAGCGUUCGUGGCUACUGUGAUGAAGGACAAGAACGUCUUCUUGUUUAUGACUACAUGCCGAACUUGAGCCUUGUCUCGAAUCUUCAUGGCCAGCAGUACUCGGGAGAGUGCUCUCUAGAUUCCACCGCUCGGAUAAAGAUUGCCAUAAGAACUGCUCAAGCCCUUGCAUACCUACACCAUCAUGUAGUCCAUGGAGAUGUCAGAGCGAGUAACGUGUUGCUAGACUCUGAGUUUGAGCCUCGUGUUAUGGACUUUGGAUAUGGUAAACUGAUACCAGAUGAUGAGGAAGCUACUAAAGCUAGAAGUAAUAAUGGGUAUCUCUCACCAGAAUGUGUUGCGUCAGGGAAAGAAAUAGAAGCAGGUGAUGUGUAUAGUUUUGGUAUCUUAUUGCUGGAGCUGGUUACUGGCAAGAGACCUAUUGAGAGACUAAACGCAACUACAAAGCGUGGGAUAACCGAGUGGGUGUUACCACUUGUUUACGAGAGAAAGUUUGGUGAAGUCAUGGAUCAGAAGCUGAAAGAGGAGAAAGUGGAAGAGAAGCUGAAGAAGUUAGUCUUGGUGGGAGUCAUGUGUGUUCAGACAGAGGCGGAGAAGAGACCAACAAUGUCUCAAGUGGUGGAGAUGCUAAUGAAUGAAUCAAAGGAGAAAAUGUCUGAACUUGAAGCCAAUCCUCUCUUCAAGAAUCCAUAUAGAGAGCAUCAGGAGGUUGCAGAUGAGAUCUCAGAAGAACAACAAUAGGGAUUUUUUAGGCACAUUAACAUUUGUUUUUACCAUUUUCUGUUCAUAUUGGUUUAGUUUCUGAGGUAUUGCUUAUUCUUUUUGUGUUUCUUUGUUUGUAACAUUGGUUUUGAUUUGAUUGGAUGUUUGUAAGGUGUGACAUUGGCAUAUAAAGGAGAUUGAAUACUUUUAUUUAUGAAACUUUAAAACUCU